AUGAUCAAAUUGCCACAUCGGGUAUUAGUAAGGUUCCAUGGGCCAGACACGUAUAGUUUUCUUCAAGGACUCAUAACCAAUGAUAUUAAGUGAGUAUUUUUGUUUUAACAAUAUAGAUGUUUGAUGAAACAAUUAAAUUACAGUUUGCUCAAAUCAGCUAACGGAGUUUCUGCUUUUUUGCUCAAUACAAAAGGAAGGAUUGUCGAGGAUGUUUUACUUUGGAAUCGAGGAACAGAUGAUAUAUUUUUAGAAUGUUCAAAGAACAACAAAACAAACAUUAUUAAAGAAAUAAUGAAAUAUCGAUUGAGAAAAAAAGUUGAAAUCGAAGAAUCAUCGGAUUCAGUUGGAUUUUUAGAAUCAAACAAAGAAAACUUUAUUGAUCCAAGAUUUUCCAAGUUUGGUUCACGCGUUUUCGGUCAAAAUCUGGAAUGGGAGGAUAAUUCAGAAAAGUACAACAAUUUAAGAAGAAAAAUUGGAUUGGCUGAAGGAGCGAAUGAAUUAGAAGGUUUAUUACCAUUUCAGGCAAAUGGCGACUUUUUGAAUAUGGUUUCACUUGAUAAAGGUUGUUAUAUUGGACAAGAAUUAACAGCAAGAACAGCUCAUACUGGUGUUAUUCGUCGACGAAUCAUUCCAUUUAAAAAUGAUGGAUUAAUUGAACUCGAUUCUGAUAUUUUAGAUGAAAAGAAAAAUAAAGUUGGAAAGGUAUGUUUUCUGAAAUUAGAAUUGAUUUUAUUAUACAUAUAUUUUUUUAAAGAUAAUUUCGAGUGAUAAAACCAACAGUCUUGGCAUUUUGCAACUUUCUGCUUUUGGAAAAUCGCUAACGUCUUCAAAUGGAAUUGUUCUUGUGGCAUCGAAACCAGAAUGGAUGCCAGAUAAAAUUAUAAAUAAUAAUGAUAGUAAUACUAAAAAGAAUUUAUCAUAG